AUGGCAUCAGUGUCAGUCAGUUCCUGUCUUAACAAGGCUGUGCACCAGCAGUACAUGAGCCUGCCGCAGGGCGGGAAGUGCCAGGUCACCUACAUCUGGAUCGACGGCACUGGAGAGGGACUUCGCAAUAAGACCCGAACCCUGGAUGAGGAACCAAAGAGCAUAGAUGAUAUUCCUGAGUGGAACUUUGAUGGCUCAAGCACAUACCAGGCCGAAGGCUCCAACAGUGACAUGUACCUCAUCCCUGUGUGCAUGUUCAGGGAUCCAUUCACAUUCGACCCCAACAAACUGGUCCUGUGUGAGGUCCUCAAAUACAACCGCUUGCCUUCAGUUUACUGUCUAGAAACGAACCAUCGAGCGAGCUGCAACAAAGUGAUGGAGAAGAUUAAAGAGCACUCUAUGUGGUUCGGCAUGGAGCAGGAGUACACUCUCUUAGGAAUUGAUAAAUACCCUUUUGGUUGGCCUGCGAAUGGAUAUCCACCACCCCAAGGUCCUUACUACUGUGGGGUGGGGGCAGACAAUGCUUAUGGACGGGACAUUGUGGAGUGUCACUACAAGGCCUGUCUCUAUGCAGGAAUCAAAAUCUGUGGCUCCAACGCUGAGGUUAUGCCAUCUCAGUGGGAGUUCCAGGUGGGUCCCUGUGAGGGCAUUGAGAUGGGAGACCACCUGUGGGUUGCACGCUUCCUGCUGCACCGUGUUUGUGAAGAUUUUGGGGUUGUUGCAACACUGGACCCCAAACCAAUGGAGGGCAACUGGAACGGUGCUGGUUGCCACACAAAUGUCAGCACCAAGCAGAUGAGGGAAGAAGGGGGACUGCAAUACAUCGAGCAGGCCAUUGAGAAGUUGAGCAAAAGACACUUGGAGCACAUCAAAGUGUACGACCCACGUGGAGGUCAGGACAACAUGAGACGUCUCACAGGUCAUCAUGAAACCUCCAGCAUCAAUGAUUUCUCUGCUGGAGUGGCCAACCGUGGCUCCAGCGUCCGCAUCCCUCGCCAGGUAGGCCAUGAGAAGAAAGGCUACUUUGAGGACCGCCGCCCUGCAGCAAAUUGCGACCCGUACGCUGUGACAAAGGCCAUCGCGAGCACCUGCCUGCUUGAUUCACAAGAGGAAGAGGAAAGCGAGUAGGAGAAUUGCACAUCUAUCUGUGCGUCUACCUGAGUAAGAUGCUUGAAUAACAUGGCGAUGAAGAAAUUAAGACAUGAUGUUUGUUUUUGUUGAUGAAUUUAUUGAUCUAAGUGGCUUAGUUUGACAUAGCUUGCAUUUACAUGUGCAGAUGUGCACAGACAGCUGCUUCUCCAGUACUGUUAUAGUCCUUAGAAAUAAGAAGUUAAAUAUUUUGCACAGCAGUUUUGUCAGAAAUGCAGGUGGGUUUUUUUCGGAGCCCACAUACAUAUUAUAUUGUAUUAAAAUAUUAGUCAUUGUUUCUUAAAUCUUGUGUUACAUGCGUUAGUGCGGACAAAGUGAAAUAAAGAUACAUGGUGCUGUA